AUGGCGAGGAAUUUGGCGGAAAAAAUGAGGAGAGAUAAGCUCAACACACACAUAAACGAAUUGUCGACGCUUGUUCCGAUGACCGCCGGUUCCAGCAAGAAAAUGGAUAAGACUAGCAUUCUCCGCUUAUCUGCCACUUACAUAAGAAUGAAUAAAACACUCAAACCUGAUAAAAGUUGGCAAUUGUUGCCGAAAGAAUUGAAAACUGUUAACCUGUCACAAUACCUUAUGGAAGACAUGGAAGGAUUUCUUUUGAUAAUAACGGCCGGUGCGAGAAUAAUAUUCAUAUCUCACACUGUUGAAAAAUACUUGGGACAUUCUCAAAUCGAAAUAAUGGGUCAAUCCCUGUACAACAUUUGCCACGAAGACGAUCGGGAAGAAUUGAAAAAAAAUUUAACUCCAGACGAAGGAUUUCCAUUGAAUUGCGGUACGGAUAGUCAGAGUCACGACGAGAGCAGUUCGAGCGAUGCGAGCACCACGUCAUCAUCGGCUCAAAGUUCUCCAGUUCCAGGUCCGGCAUUCAUUGAUCCACCGACGUCGACGUCGUGCGAAUCUCCAAUAGAAAACAUGGUCGACCGACAGAGAAGAUCCUUUUACAUAAGACUCGUUCAGAAAGCAUCGUCGAGAACGGAUCAACCACAGUACGAACACGUACACAUCGUCGGAGAUCUUAGAGUGCCAUCCAAAUUAGAGGUUCACACGACGCACACGAGGUCGAGAAGGCAAAGAGAACACAGUUUCAACGAAAACGACAUUGUUCUCGUGGCCGUGGGUAGGCUUUACAAGGAGAGAGAAAUAAGUUCCCUGUGUCUUUUGGAAGCGAAAAAGGAAGAAUACGUGACGAGGCACGAGCCGAGCGGUAAAAUGAUAUACAUCGAUCAUCGGAUCGCCGUCGUCGCCGGAUAUUUUUCCGAAGAGGUUUUGGGUUUAUCCCCCUUUAAUUUCAUGCACAAGGAUGACGUCACCUGGGUUAUGAUCGCUUUAAAACAAAUGUACGAUAAAGGAGAAGGAUCCGGUUAUAGCGUUUACAGAUUGAAAACGAAAAAUGGUGAACAUGUAUAUAUGAGAACGACCGGUUAUCUUGAAUUCGACCAAAAUACUCAAUCAAUAGGCUCAUUCAUUUGCGUUAACAGUCUCAUAUCGAAGGAAGAAGGAGAGCAGGGAAUAACGGAAAUGAAAAGACGAUACACUCCAAACGUACUGAAAUCUCUUAAAGAGUUACCAGAAGGACGAGAGUCGUCGACGAUGGCGGAUUUGGCUCUGCGAGGAAUCGAAAAUUACCAAAAGCUCAACGUUGCCGUUCGUGAACUCGUUUCGAGCCUUCACACGUCGGGUUCUAAAACGGAAGAGAGAGAGAGCAGGCUGUCGUCGGAGGAAUCCGUUGUUUCGCCGACGUCGGUGUCCUCGUCCCCCACCACCCAGUGCAACUGUAAAAAUAAUAAUAAUAAUAAUAAUAAUAAUCCUCGGGUCGUUGAAAUGGUCACGUCGACGACGGAAGUCACGGGAGGAGGUCUCACACGUCCCACCGUCCUCCGUGAAGUUACCUCUUAUCCGGUUAGCUCGAGCACUCAUCAUCAUAAUCAUCAUCAUCAUCAUCAUCAUCAUGCGGUCGUUUGCGCCAAAUCUUAUCCCAUGUCGCCGGAAAUCAAUUUGACGGAAGAUGGAUUGCAUUAUUCAAUACUAUCGUCUAACCGUUUGUUUUCGGUCGUGAACGUCACAUCCGGUUAA